UUCAGAUUAAAAAUGUGUCUAGCUCCCCCGCACAAAACUGAAUCAACUAAUCCCGCUGGAUGGAAACGGCAAGAUGGCGGCGAAGGAAAAAGAUGGCGGGAUCUCAUGUUUCCGGUCGGGAAGGAGCGAUGGGGCAAGUUCCGCGAAUGGGGGCGGAGCAAUCUUGUAGGGGUGGAACAAACUGUUGCUCUGGUCACAACCUGGGUUGUCAACUUGGAGUUGAAUUUUACUCUUCUCUCUCUUCCCAUCCUUUUCACUGGAUUUUUAACCAUUCUCUCCCCUCACACAGAUAUACAGGCAUGUGUAUGUGGAUCUGUGUUAUCUGUACUGCUAUGUUUACUAAACAAGCAUGGUUGGAUGGACCCUCCAGCCCAUUACACUGACAGAAUUGGGUUGACCAGCUUAUUCAGGAGACAGACAAAAGUACAUCCAGAUGAUUUAGGUUUCCAGGAUCAGUGUUAUCAAACACUCUCAUUGAGGAUGCGAACCUACAAGGUUCUGCCCUUGAAUCAGCUGUCACGUGUUUGGGGUCGAGCAGCGGAUACUGAAUUACCGACGCCAUUUAAAUUCAUUUCAGUCUGGCUUUUUGCAACCCUCAUGCGCUGUGACAGGACGGAGGCCGAGUUUGAUUGUCUUUCUCAAUACAGAACCAUUAGCCAGUUUUUUAGGCGAAAACUAAAACCUGGAUUGAGGCCAGUUUGUCCUGUAAGCUCAAUAGUUAGUCCAGCAGAUGGUUCACUCACAUACAUUGGUCUUGUCCAGGGUUCAUACUUGGAGCAGAUUAAAGGGAUCAGAUACUGCUUGAAACAAUUCUUUGGCCCUUUGUAUGAGCUAGAUGAUGAUGCUAGCAAAGAACCAAUUAAUUCAAUUUUAUCAAGAACACAGAUUUGGGAUUCAGAUUCAGUUUAUCUGCUUGAGGAUCAAAUUUUAACUCAAUCUCCAGAAGUUUACCAACUUUUACAUUAUCCUGGUCGGACAGCACUGUUUCAAGCAGUUAUCUAUCUAAGCCCUUCAGAUUACCAUAGAUUUCAUUCCCCUACAACCUGGACCGUGCACAAACGACGACAUUUCCCAGGAAAACUGUACAGUGUGUCCCCAUCUGUUGUGCGCAAAAUGCCGGGACUCUUUCACACAAAUGAGCGCGUGGCUCUGUUUGGCGAGUGGCAACAUGGAUUCUUUUCUAUGACCGCUGUUGGAGCCACAAAUGUUGGUUCUAUUGUGAUGAACUUUGACAAUGAGUUGAUGACAAACCUGCGAGGGAGUGAGUACUCUGAAAAAAUCUACGAGAACGAUGGUAUUCGUAUUGAAAAGGGCGAGGAAAUGGGGUUCUUCAAUUUUGGAUCAACCAUCGUUCUUGUUUUCGAGGCUCCGAUAGAUUACCAAUUCAGAAAGGAGUCAAUGACAAGGGUGAAAGUUGGUGAAGGAAUGUAGAAUGUAAAAAUGCAACCCUGAACUUAAAAACGACAAAAAAGAAUUAGCAAACUCAUUAUUCAACUCUAAGCAUAAUUCGUAUUUGUAAUUAACUAUUGCGGCCAAAAAGUACUAAGCACAACGGAGAAAAAAGUACACAUUCAAUUUUGAUACGUUCUGAGGGUCAAAAUUAUCGCACUCACUCAAUUAAAUUUUUAAAAAUGAAUUUGAUUGAAUUUUUUUAUGACUUUUACCAAGCAAAGUCCAUGCUGCAUUAAAUUGAUAAAGACCAAUGAAUCUGAAGUUAUACGUUUAUUACUAAGAAUAAGAAAUGCAUAUAAAUGUUAUUUGUUCCCAAAAUUAUUUUUCUUAAAAACAUCUAUAAAUGUCAUCAAAUAGCUUAACUGACAAACUUUAAAAAAGAACUUUAAGUUCUUGUUAAAAGGCUUUUAAUAUUUUAAGAUAAAAAAUCAUUUAAAAUUGUUAAUUAUUAAAUGACGAUGAAUGAUGAUUAAACCAGAGUUAUGAAGAUUAUGUACUAAGUACAUUACUGUUUGGGGAUUGAUUAUGUACUAAGUACAUUACUGUUUUCUUAGAAGCAUAUUUAUAUUGAUAUUAACCAAUGAAAUUUCACACCUAUACAAUCGACAUUACUUUUACAUUUAUUUGAUAUUUAUUAUUGAAAGUAUUAUUUUUUUAAACAUAAUAUUCAUGAUCUCACCUUUUUUUGUUAGAGAAUAUUGCUUUUAAAAAAGUCUGACUUUUUGCUCUAAAGCAAUGUAUAAUAUUUGUCACUAGGGGUGCAACUUGUACUACCCCCCCCCCUCCUCAAACCGGUCCCAUAUUCACUUUUUUAGUCAUAUUACCUCAGUCUUAAUGUAGCACUAAGGACCAAAAACUGUUUUAAUUGAAACUUUAAAUGUUUUUGCAAAUUAUUUACAUUGAAAAAACCUAACCAAGGGGGGGGGGUGAUUAUUAUAAAAUAAAAAUAAAAGUAAUUUGCCUUGUAUUAUAACCCAGCAUUUGCAGUAGAAUUGAAUUCUUUUCAGCUAAAGAUUUUACAGUUAACAGCUUUGUUAUUGUUUCGUUCAGAACUGUUAUUGUUCUAUUUAUCUGGUGAAAUAUAUAUAUAAUGGAAA